AUGGUUAAGGAAAUAGGGACCGCGCCAGAUUGCCUUCUAUGGCAGCUAGUGAAACAUAACCACUCAAAGCUGAUAAAAUCCGGCAAAUUUACCUUCAGCCGCGAAGUUGGAAACAUAACCAACCAACAUACGGCAAAGAAUACAGGUUACACCAAUAAGAAGAGAAUUGAUGUUUUGUCUGCCUGUGAAGGCUCAUCGGUUAAGCUUUUUAAUGAUACUGGGCACACAAUUAGAAGGCCAAAAAGCAGACUUUCUAACAAGAAUUUUACAAAAUCACUGAAGAAUCAGGCAAUCAUCAGAGAUAUUGUUAAAAAAACUCGUCCUCAAUUGGCUUUUCAAAUUUCACAAAAAUUUUCUAAAUUGGUAACAAUUAAAACAAUUGAUAAGACGGAUUAA